GAAGCACUUAGUGUUUAAUAUUCUGCUCAUCUGCUUUGACUCAUAUUUCAGUGUAUAAGUUUAUUUGUUCUAAUCGACGUAUUCGUGUAAAAAAAGGUGCAUUUUCUGUUCGUACGUAUUGAGUAAUAUUGGUCACUUGUAUAUAAAGAAAGAUAUACAUUGAAGGUCGCGUACUUCCCGCUCCGGUCGACCAGUUCUGGCACGUGAAUAUCUCCACGACGAUUUUACCUUUACAUGUGCAUUAUUUUAUUAGGUAGGGGCAAGCCCGAACUUUAUUCUAACGUGUCUUUCGUGCCAACGUUCUUCAUCUUUCGAGUAUAGAUGUUCGUUGUGUAUCUCGUUGAUCUUAAAUUAACAUUUCGUACUAUUUACCGCAAAUUAACAAGCUCUACUCCAAAUUCGUACAAUAAUCAACGCAAGAUGCUAGCGAACAUUUUCGAAAAUCAUGGCGAAUUCUGCGCCAAACAUCCAUGGGAGGUGAUCGUCGGUGUACUGACCAUUACAGCGUGUAUGCUUUCCAUGGAUAAAUCCGCCGCCGCUGCCAACGCUUAUAAUAGUUUACGAUCUGAGGAAACAAACGCCGUAGACAUAAUAUUCAUGACAAUAAUUAGAUGCAUAGCGGUGUUAUAUGGUUAUUACCAGUUUUGUAAAUUACGCAAGUUGGGAUCUAAUUACAUUCUAGGUAUCGCUGGAUUGUUUACUGUGUUCUCGAGCUUUGUGUUCAGUUCUACCAUUAUUAAUUUCUUGGGAAGCGAUAUAUCCGAUUUGAAAGAUGCGUUGUUUUUCUUCGUGCUGGUGAUCGAUCUGUCAAAAGCAACCGUACUGGCUCAAUUUGCCUUACAUGCGUCUAAUUUGCAACAAGUUAAUAAAAACAUCGCCAAAGGAAUGGCCAUCAUGGGACCUACUGUUACGUUGGAUACGUUAGUCGGAUCGCUGGUUAUUAGCGUUGGCACUUUGUCAGGUGUGAAAAGACUGGAGAUGUUGUGCUGUUACGCGUGUUUUUCGUUCGUAGUCAAUUAUUUCGUAUUCAUGACAUUUUAUCCUGCUUGCUUGUCAUUGGUAUUGGAGCUUUCAAAAUGCGGAUCGUACGAAAAGAACGCCUGCUUCGAAGUCAAAUCACCGUUGGCUGAAUUACUCUACGAUGAAGGCCAUAAGCCAAAUCCGGUCGUUCAAAGAGUCAAAGUAAUUAUGUCGGCUGGAAUGAUGAUCGUUCAUGCGCACAGUCGCUGGUCUUUGAAUAAUAUGGAUGGCAAUGAUGCUAGUAAAAUGUUCCCAGUGGUGCCCGGCAAUACGACUCAUACGUUGAUUAGAGAUGAUGCCGAUGUCGCAGCUGUUCAAGGAGAUUUGAUGAAGUUUUUGAGUGGCAGUAUAGAACAUAUCAUUAUAUUGAUAAUAGUUUUGGCAUUUUUGGUGAAAUCGAUGAUCUUCGAUAGCAGAGAAGAUCUACCUGAUCAAAUGCUAGAAAGACAUAAAUUAAAAGAUACAAAAGGAAUUCAAACCGAAGAAUCCUCAAAACCAGUAGUAUCUAGUAUGUCGAGUCAGACCGAAUCUUCGAAUGGAGUCGUAGGCGAACCUGUGAGACGCGUCAGAACCGAUUCCUGUACCCAGACUGAUAUCAGUUACGUUGAAUUUGAAAGCUGUGAUUACGAAAACGGAUCUAGCAGAAGUUUAGAAGAAUGUCGUGCCAUUUAUAAACAAAAGAAUUCAGCGGAUGAUUUAACCGAUAGAGAGAUUGGUUUAUUAGUCAAAGCGAACGUUAUACCGGCUCGAAAGUUAGAAACAGUCGUCAGUGAACCGGUUCGAGGCAUAGGGGUUAGACGAUUGCUGACUGGAGAAGAGGGGAAAUUCUUAGACGCGUUGAAAAAUUUACCAUAUCAUAAUUACGAUUAUUCCAAAGUUAUAGGAGCUUGUUGCGAGAAUAUCUUCGGAUAUAUUCCGGUACCGGUGGGAGUAGCUGGGCCUUUAUUAAUGGACGAUAAAGAAUAUUACGUACCAAUGGCUACGACCGAAGGAUGCCUGGUCGCUAGUACAAAUCGAGGUGCUAGAGCUUUAUACAAAUCCGGUGGUGUUGUCAGUUGCCUCACCGGAGAUGGAAUGACUAGAGGACCAGUGGUUCAAUUUCCUUCUUUGAGAGAUUCCUAUGAAGCUGAGCUGUGGAUUAAAGAUCCGGAUAAUUUCGAAAAAAUCAAGUUGCAGUUCGACGAAACGAGUAGAUUUGCUCGAUUGCAAAGUAUCCAAAUUCGUAACGUGGGUCGUUUAUUAUAUAUGAGAUUUUCAGCCACUACAGGCGACGCUAUGGGAAUGAAUAUGUUAUCCAAAGGUACGCAAGCUGCGUUGAAUUACAUCAAACGAGAACAUUUCCCACACAUGAGAAUCGUCUCGCUGAGUGGAAAUUACUGCGCUGAUAAGAAAGCAACCGCUUUGAAUUGGAUCGAGGGUAGAGGUAAAUCGGUGGUUUGCGAAGCCAUCGUAACCCAAGACGUAUUAGAAAAAGUAUUAAAAACCACGGCCAGCGCUAUGACCAGAGUAAACACGUAUAAAAAUCUCAUCGGUUCAGCCGUCGCUGCCAGUACCGGAGGAUUCAACGCCCACGCUGCCAAUAUCGUUACCGCUCUGUAUAUAGCCACCGGACAGGAUCCGGCUCAGAAUGUCUGCAGUAGUAAUUGUAUCACCAUCAUGGAGGUGGACGAAGAUAAUAAAAAUGAUCUCCGGGUCACGUGCAUGAUGCCAUCUAUAGAAGUCGGUACCAUUGGCGGAGGUACCUCGUUACCAGCCCAAUCUGCCUGUUUAGAAAUGUUGGGCGUUAAAGGACCAAAUAGUGAUAAUCCGGGUGAAAAUGCCCAAUUGUUGGCUCGAGUCGUUUGUGCCACCGUCCUAGCCGGUGAACUUUCAUUGAUGGCUGCUCUCACCGAAGGUCAUCUAGUUGAAAGUCACAUGAAUCAUAAUAGAACCUCGCUUUCGGAAAGGAAUUCGGCGUCAAAUUCAAGAAAAUGCAGCGUCGUCAGUGUCGGAAAAUGCGUCUCGAAUUAGAGAGAAGAAACGAAGAAGAAAUAUCGUGCCGGAAAAUUAAUAAAUGCUUAAACGCCUCGAAAGACUAGCUUAGUGUUGUUAGAUUUACUCGUAUUCGAUUUGUUUGUCGUGUAAAUCGCGUUUUUUUGUUUUCCUUUUUUCUUUUUCAUGUUUUAUUUAAAUAUUCCUUUCAAGGGCGAUUUUUACAUUACGCUGAAAAAAACGAACGAAUUCUCGCAUUAUUUCGUCGAUAUAUAUUUUCUUUUUUCAUCUUUACAUUUCGAUUAUAAGACUGAUUGUUUCAUUAUUUUUUAAGGUGAUAAAACGCUUUUAGCAUUAAUUAGUUAUUUUUGUAUUCAACUAAGAAAUGUGAAAAUUUCGUCGAGUAUAUAUCUUUGUGCUUAAAUACAAGUUGAAUGUUAAUAUA